AUGGCCCCCCAUCCUCUUUCAAUUCUCUCCGAAGCAGAGACCAACAUUGCUCGCGAUGUCGUCCUCGCAGCACACCCUGAUACGGUCAUCGACUUCCGGGAGAUCUAUCUGCUAGAGCCCCCCAAGGCUGAAUUGCGCAAUUUUCUUGCCCUUGAGCACGCUGGUCGUCUGAGCCCGACUACUCCUCGUCCGCCUCGCCUUGCGACUUGCCAAUACGAUGUCAUCGGUGCUGAUCGCAUCCCCGCAUAUCAUGAAUCAGUGGUGGAUGUGGGAUCGCGGAAGCGCAUCAAGCACCAUAUUGUCGGGAAACAACACCACGCUGCACUUACAUUGAGCGAAUUCGAUACCCUCGUCGAGCGAUGCUUUGCCUCUCCUUUGUUCCAGAAGGCCCUUGCGGACUUUGACCUGCCCCCAGGCUUCGAAGUAACCAUCGAACCAUGGCCCUACGGUGGACUCGAUUACACCGAGGAAAAGCGGCGGUACUUCCAGGGCCUCUGUUUCGCUACGGACAAGACCAAGAACAAUGCUGAUGCGAACUUCUACUCCUAUCCCUUACCGCUGAUCCCCGUCAUGGACGCCCAUACUCAAGAAAUUAUCCGAGUGGAUCGUCCGGCCACUGGUGGCAAAGGAGAUGGUUUGACUGAGCAAACAUUCCAGCGCGACAUCAUCGGACACUGCAAGGCGUCGGACUAUGUGCCGGAGCUUCUGCCUGAAGGCACACGGAAGGAUCUUAAGCCACUGAAUGUCGUGCAGCCGGAGGGCCCAUCGUUCCGCAUCACCAAUGAAUCACUGGUCGAGUGGCAGAAGUGGCGUUUCCGUGUGGCUUUCAACCCUCGUGAAGGUGCAACCAUUCACGACGUCUGGUACGACGGCCGUAGCGUUAUGUACCGAUUGGCCAUUAGUGAGAUGACGGUACCAUAUGCCGACCCUCGCCCUCCAUAUCACCGCAAGCAAGCAUUUGACUUCGGUGAUGGCGGUGGUGGUAACAUGGCCAACAAUCUUUCCAUCGGCUGUGAUUGCCUCGGCGUAAUCAAAUACUUUGAUGCUGUCAUCACUGGCUCCGACGGUGUUGCAAAGACGUUACCUAAUGCGAUCUGCCUGCACGAACAGGACAACGGUAUCGCAUGGAAACAUUCCAACUGGCGAACCGGCCGUGCCGUCGUCACCCGCAACCGGGAGUUGGUCGUGCAGUUCAUCAUUACCCUGGCCAACUACGAGUAUAUCUUCGCCUACAAGUUCGAUCAGUCUGGUGGCAUCACCGUCGAGUCCCGUGCUACGGGCAUCCUGAAUGUGGUCAAUAUCGAUGCGGGCAAAUUCAGCGAGUACGGUAACGUUGUCAGCGGUGGUGUCCUAGCCCAGAAUCACCAACACAUCUUCUGUAUCCGGAUGGACCCUGCCAUUGAUGGACCUAACAACUCCGUUGUCGUGGAGGAAUCUCAUGCCGUUCCCAUGAACGAAGUGACUAAUCCAAUGGGCAACUUUUACCAAGUAACCCGGCAGACACUGGAGCGGGCAUGCUACCUCGACGCCGCCCCUGAGCUGAAUCGGACCAUCAAAAUGAUCAACCCUCACAAGAAGAACCCGAUCAGUGGCCACCCUGUUGCCUACAAGUUCAUUCCACUGGCGACGCAGCGCUUGUUGGCCGACCCCGAUUCUAUCCAAGCAAAGCGCGCACAGUUUGCGCAGCACCAUGUCUGGGUAACCAAGCAUCGCGAUGGCGAGCUGUACGCCGGAGGACGCUAUACUCUGCAGAGCCAGCAAGAAGUGGAGGGCGUCUCUGACGCUGUCAAGCGUGGAGACUCGGUCGUUGACACCGACGUGGUUGUCUGGAGUACUUUUGGCAUCACCCACAACCCUCGAGUCGAGGAUUGGCCUGUGAUGCCCGUCGAGAUAUUCCAACUGAUGAUCCGGCCCGCCGACUUCUUCACCGCGAACCCCUCUCUCGACGUUCCGUCGAGCAAGAAUGAUGCUUCGCGGGUAGUCCAGUCAGAGUGCUGCCGCAAAUCUCACAUUUGA